AAGGCUCCAGGGUCCUGAGUGUCUUCCUUCUCUUGGCUGCAUCUCCCUCAUCCAAUCUUGGUGCAGAAUCUUGCUUGGCUCGCGAGCAGCUCAGGAACAAGAAGUCAGCCGUGCUGAGAACGUCCCAUGACACUCUCAGAAGUCAUCGGCUGACUAUCGAACCUGAAUAACCAGAGAGAUGUAACCUCGGCAUACUUGCAGUUGUUUUCCUCCUGCCCACGCUGCAGGCUUUUCAGGUCCUUGCUUGAGAGUGAACUCACGGGCGUAAAUAACGUGCUGUCAACUGCCCUUGUCGGGCAGCUCAGCUAUUUAAGCAGCCCAGCAUCAGAAAACUCAGCUUCCCAAACCCAGCCUUCGCCACGUCCACCAGCGCCGGGACCAUGUCGGACACGGCGAGCGGCCCCACGCAGGACCAGCUGGAGAUCCUGGAGUACAACUUCAGCAAGGUCAACAAGCACCCCGACCCCACCACGCUGCUGCUCAUCGCGGCCGAGGCCGGCCUCUCGGAGGAGGAGACGCAGAAAUGGUUUAAGCAGCGCCUGGCCCAGUGGCGGAAGUCGGAAGGCUUACCCUCGGAAAGCAGAUCCGUGACGGACUAAGGAGAUGCGGGCAUGGGCAGCUCCCCUCUAUGAAGACCACCGGCUGUUUCUCUCCUGGGCUUAACCAAGCUGUUUUGGUUUGUCAGUGUCGUGUUGUAUGUUCACUGUUCGCUGUCCUGCUAUGUAACACAAGGUUGUAUUUUUUUAAUGUACAUAACCAGAAAACGCAAUAACAACAGAAAGCUAUGUGCAGCUUCUGGGUGAAGCAGCGGUUUGACGAGGCAGGUGAUGUGGCUUGCCCUCCCCUUUGGGUCACGAUGACAGAUGGUGUGAAAAUCACUUAAGUUUGCUUUGAAUCGUCACCUCUGAAUAACAACUUCCUUUCAAUAUCCAUUUCAGAGCAGGCAAGAGGGAGAAACUGUUCCUUCUGAAUCUACUUCCCUAAGUUGCUUUCCUUGUGUUUCAUUGAAUACAUUGAAGUUGUAUGAGAAUACAGAGGAAUAUUUGAGUCAUUCAGGUUUCAUUCAGUAGUUUGUUAGAUUAAAGCUGCAUUCACUUAGAAAGAACCCGGUUAGGCUAAAAGACAGAAACUGCACAAGUGACAAGACAGAAAAGCAAGUAACUAAGGAAAAAAAAAAAUCCACUAAAGUCUUUGGUUUGCUUUAUUUAAAUGCCUUUGUUAAAUUUAUUUUGCUAGCCAACUGCUUUUUGUCUCUAAAAUGAUAUUCUAAAUAAAACAUUAACUUUUUGUUGAAAA